AUGGCGUCCGGACUGCGGCCCUCGAUUGGGGCAUUUGGCAGGAUAACGGCCGCUUCGACCACCCCAACACCCCUUCCGUUCCGCCCACUUACUCAGACCGCCUCCCUCUCGACUACCCCUGCGCUGCUCAAGCGCCACAAGUAUCGCGGAGCCCGCGUGACCCGCGACAACAGCAAGCACCGUGGCGAGUCAGCGAUCCGUCGCACCGGAACACGCUGGCGUUUGUCCAUGUCUGACGAGCCGUUGCCCCGGCCGGUGCCCCUCAGCGAGCUACCGCCCAUCGAGACGGACCCGGACCAUGGGUUGUGGGACUUCUUCCCGGAUCGCAAGCGGGUUGCGGUCGCGCCGGCCGAGGACGCCAAGCACGGGCGUAGCUGGACCGUAGAAGAACUACGGCACAAGUCGUGGGACGACUUGCACCGCCUGUGGUGGGUGUGUGUGAAGGAACGGAACCGUAUCGCUACAGCCAGCUGGGAGCGGACCAAGUACGAAUUGGGGUUCGGUGACGCAGAGUCGCAGAACCGAGAUAAGCAGGUUCGCGGCACAAUGCGCUCUAUCAAGCACGUUUUGACGGAGCGAUUUUACGCAUGGGAGGACGCGGUCAAGGUCGCUGAGAAUGACCCCGAGGUCGACUUGACCGGCCACGGCCCGGCCUUUACCCCAACACAAUAUCUCGAAAACCCCGAUGUGGCGACCGAAGGCGAGCAGAAGGUUGCCGAAGCUGUGGAAGAAACAACUGAGAAGGGAGCAGAAAAGGCGGAACCCGUAUCAGUGUCUGAGCCCGCAUCUGCCUCCGAAUCUUCCCCUGACCCGACGGCGAUACCUCCGUCCAAACCGGCCCCCGAGGCCCCGAGGUUAUGA